AUGUUCCCCUCGACUCUCUCAUAUACCCAAGUGCGGGACUUUGCGUACCCUGCUACCCAUCCUCUGCACUACGGGCCGCCGCCAGAACCUUCGGGACCGCCUUCCGGUAUGACAACGCCCGCAAGCGAGCAUCGUAGGUUAUCAGAUCCCCCAGUGUCGUGGGAAACACGUAUGCCUUGGGAGUCGUGGGGUACAGAUGGAUUCAACCGUGGUCAUGAUUUGGCCCCCAUCCAAUUCGACGGUGGGCCCCCAUAUAGCGAAGACGAGGAUCUGCAAAGCCCUGUUGUAGCUACACGGCACCGCAAGCAUAAGUCAACCUCGGCGGCGACAACCCUGAGGGGGAGGACAGGUCGCGAUCUUGAUAUGCAUUCUACCAACUAUGAUCAUGAGCGGGGCUACUAUAUGGGAACUAGCGGAGACGGUAGCGAAACAUACUAUGUCAAUAACGGCGGCGAGGCCAACGGCUCUGGUGGAGAUUUUGUUACAUAUCCUCCGGAGCAGGCAAGACACAGUCGGGCAUAUCACAUUGCCCAGCAACCCCGGGCUGCCGAGGGCGGUGAGUACUAUCAGCCCGAGUCUGACAGUUCCCCAUCGUCUCCAGGCUACAAUGACGAGGACCAGUCUCGCUAUUCACGAGAUUACCAGUUUACUAUUACAUCGCCGGACGAGGAGUUCCACGGCAAAGCCGUCGCCCUGUUCGAUUUCGAGCGGGAAAACGAGAACGAAUUGCCUCUAGUUGAGGGCCAGAUUAUCUGGGUGUCGUAUCGGCACGGGCAAGGUUGGCUGGUGGCUGAGGAUCCGAAGACGCAGGAAAGCGGCCUGGUGCCCGAGGAGUAUGUCCGACUACUUCGCGAUAUCGAGGGAGGAAUGAACAGCUUGGCUGGUCACCUUGUGGAGGGAACUGGCUCCCCUGAUGUGGGCACACCUACUCAAGCGGAGCAUAGCGGUCAAUAUGGCCAUACUCCAUCUUCCAGCAAUGCGACUAACGGGUACCAUCAGCCAAUCGUGUCGAUGUUCUCGACCUCGAGCAAAGACCUUGACCCGUAUCCCACUGAGCAACUGGGCCUCCACUCCGGACAACCGCCUCCCCAAGUUAUUCACUAUCACGGGCAACGGGGAGGUAGCCAAGCAAACACGCCGACGAUUGCUCAGCCUCAAGAUACUGGUAUUUUGAGGAGGCAGAGUCACGACGGUGGAACAAAGAGGGACUCGAAUGUUACACCAGUACAGACGAAGCCACCAAUGGAGUUGGCCGAGCCAGGGGGCUCUGAGGAAGCGAGGGGAGAGGAAAGGUGA